CAUGCAUCUUGUGAUGUUUCCUUCGCAUUGUUGAGAAAAGUGUCCUUCAUCAUAGAAAAUCCCCAGUCCCAGAGCUGGAUGAUGAGUGCAUAUGCACAUUCAUUGCAUUGGCGGGCAGUGCAGAAAAUGGAUCACAACGCCGCCUGGAGGACAUGUGGCCAUAAGUUCGUACUAAGUGAUCAGGGAUGUAAAUGUUCAUUUCAUUUAGCCUCUACCUGAAUACAACAUUGUCGGGGAUGAAGAUGAUGAUGAUGAGAUAGAGUUGGAAGAAGAGCCCCAAGACUUUCCACCUACAGACAUGGCAGAAGGUAAUGCAGAAGCAGGAGGUGAUGAAUCUAAGAAGAAAAGUGAUAAAGAUGAAAAGAAAAAGAAGAAGGAACGAAGAGGGAGUGAAGUUAAUUAUGACAGGUCAUUACCAGCUGCACACUCAUACCUGGGCUCAGAUUUAGAAGAACUCCAUGGACGUACAAUCCACGAUGACGACUCUUACCAAAGUCUACCCCUGCUGAGUUUACCUGGUGUGGUGCUGGUCCCUGGGCAGACGUUACCUUUACACAUAUUCCAGCAACAGAUUGUCUCCAUGAUUAGGCACUGUGUCAACACUGACAAGACAUUUGGUUUAGUCAAUUCAAGGUACCUCAGUGAUGACUUCGUCCCAACGUUAGCGAACAUUGGUACCACAGCUGAGAUUUUAUCUCUGAAAGAAGACUCGGAUGAUGCCACAGGAAUCUCAGAAGUUAAGAUGAAGGCUAUCGGCCGGCAGAGGUUUCGAGUCAUGGAGACAAGGAGACAGACUGAUGGGGUUGUCAUGGCACAGGUCCGAAUCCUCCCAGAAAAGGUGUUAUCAGAGUGUUUGUUUGGUGCUCGUCCACAGUCGCAAUGCAAGUGUUGCUUUUUGGAGCCGGUAAAGAAGAGGGAAGUUGUCCAGUCAGUAGCUGUCAAUAGAAGUGGCAAUUAUUUCACGUACCCAUCUUCAACGAAGCGGCGGAAGAUUGAUCGAUUUACUGCAGCAGAUGUGACCUGGUGGCCGCCAUGGGUGUACCGACAGUACGAUGUGAUUUACCUUAUGGAAAGUAUGAAGAAUGAACUCACAAGUUGGAAUGAUACUAUCCAGGGUGACCGGAUGCCACAAGAUCCAGUCGAGUUUUCAUUCUGGGUGGCUGGCAACCUGCCGCUAGAUGACAGCAUGAAGUUACGACUGCUCCAAAUUGACAAUGCUGUACAAAGAUUAAGAUGUGAAUUAAGCAUCAUGCAGAAGUGUACUAAACUCUGUUGUCGAGAGUGUGGCCAUCACAUCGCCAACAAGAAUGAUGUGUUCACGCUGUCGUUGGAGGGCCCGAUGGGGACGUUUGUCAAUCCUGGUGGUUAUGUUCAUGAAACUCUUACAGUAUUCAAGGCUCAAGGUCUCACAUUUAUCGGUCGACCAUCAACAGAACAUAGUUGGUUCCCAGGCUAUGCCUGGACAAUAUUACAGUGUCGACAUUGCGCCAGUCACAUGGGAUGGAAAUUCACUGCACACAAAAAGAAGUUAAAACCAGAUAAAUUUUUCGGCCUGACACGGACGGCAAUCAUUCCUGGAUUGGACAAUCAGGAACAUGAAUGGAUGCCAUCGAUUUGAAUGACAGUUGACUAACAGAAAAUGUUGUUGGAAAACAAUAGACUAAAUGAAGCAUAUAAACUUCGGAUUGGUGCGAAAUGAAUAUUUUGAGGCUAGAUUUAUAGACAGUCUUAACUAGAUCAUGAAAGAGAGUAAGACAAAGUGUUUAAAACAAGAGAGAUUAUGGGAAUAUGAUGCACAGAAUGUACAUAGAUGUACAAAUGAACUUUAAUUUAAAACCUGUUGCAGGCGAGUCCUAAUACAUACCUGUGGCUAUACUUGUACACAUUUCUUGUGUAUUGGAGAGUUCACACAUACCGUAUUUGCAUGAUGUUUGCAAAUUAUAUGUGAGCAGAUGUCUUUGUUUUGUAUUGAAAUUAUGAAAAUGCUUGUUAAAUGUUAUAUUUUUUAUCUCAGAUUUCUCAUGCCUAAAAUUCCAGUUGUCUUUGGGCUGAUAUUUUUUAGUGUGAAAAAAGUCCAUAUGUUUUAAAGGAGAGAACACUUUUGUGUUCAAGGUUUGAUGGUGUAAAUCUUGACAGUUUCUGCUGUUUCAAAAUGCGGGUUUAAAUUUAAACAGAUUUCAAACUUCAUUCUAGGGGAAAAGUUAUGUUGGCUAAAUGGGACUCAUAUAGACUCCUGCUCGCAUGUAGGCUAGGAAGAGUAGAGCUUAAUGAUCAAUGUGGCAAAUAUUAUGUGCAAUCAUUCAAAUAAAUGAGGUUGGAGUUA